AUGCCAAACCGACGUAAUAUUGUUAUGGACAUUGCAACAGGUCCGGAGUCAGUGGAGAGGCUCGUUUCAGCGAGGACUCAGUCCGAUUGCUCCAAGAUGUUGGACGGUAUAAAAAUCGAGGAUCACCUAAGGUCGGGCCCGACGACUUUGGGAGUUAUGCUUGGGACGGAGUGCCAUCACCAGGCAGUGUGCGAAGGCUGUCAACGGCCCAUAUCCGACCGAUUUUUGAUGCGAGUCAACGAAUCCUCGUGGCACGAGGAGUGUUUGCAGUGUGCAGUGUGUCAACAACCGCUUACCACCAGCUGCUACUGCCGAGAUCGGAAACUCUACUGCAAACUGGACUACCAACAGCUGUUCGCCACCAAGUGCAGCGGCUGCAUGGAGACGAUCGCGCCCACGGAGUUCGUGAUGCGCGCGCUGGAGUGCGUGUACCACCUGAGCUGCUUUUGCUGCUGCGUCUGUGACCGGCAGCUGCGCAAGGGCGACGAGUUCGUGCUGAAGGAGGGCCAGCUGCUCUGCAAGAGCGACUACGAGAGGGAGAAGGACCUGCUGAGCUCCAUAAGCCCGGACAACUCCGACUCGGAGAAAAGCGACGAUGAAGACUUGGACAUCAAGCCGGAGAAGGGGUCGGGAGGUCAGGGGAAGGGCAGUGAUGAUGGGAAGGACCCACGGAGGCCGAAGCGACCGCGCACCAUCCUGACCACACAGCAGAGGCGUGCAUUCAAGGCCUCCUUCGAGGUUUCAUCCAAGCCGUGCCGAAAGGUGAGAGAGACUCUGGCAGCAGAGACCGGACUAAGCGUUCGAGUGGUACAGGUGUGGUUUCAGAACCAGAGGGCUAAGAUGAAGAAGUUGGCACGGAGACAGCAGCAGCAGCAGGAGCAGCAGAACUCUCAGAGACUCGGUCAAGAGGUGAUAUCCAAUCGGAUGGAGGGGAUGAUGAAUUCCUACACCCCAUUGGCCCCGCCACAGCAGCAGCUGGUGGCCAUGGAGCAGAACGGCUACAGCACAGACCCCUUCCAGCAGGGCCUCACACCCCCGCAGAUGCCGGGGGAUCACAUGAACCCAUACGGCAACGACUCGAUUUUCCACGACAUCGACAGCGACACGUCUCUAACCAGCCUCAGCGACUGUUUCAUGGCAUCCUCCGAGGUGGGCUCCCUGCAAGCACGGGUGGGAAACCCUAUCGACCGGCUGUACUCCAUGCACAGUUCAUACUUCGCCUCCUGA